GCGGCGGCCCCUCCUCCUCCUCCUGGCUGCAACCUGUGGCUCCAGGUGCGCCGGGGAGGGCCGCCCAGUCCGGACGGGGCGCGUAGAGCGGCCGACGCGGAGCCGGGCUCAGCCUUCGGGGCGGGCUAAAAGUUGGAAUAAGCAGGAAGUCGCUGAGCGCAGCCGGGACCAAAGUACCCGAGCCAGUUCCUCGGCUGCUGUUGUCCCAGCUGUUGACGGGCCCCAGCUGGACGGGAGCGGAGAUGGAGGAAGCCAGUGGUGGAGGGGGCAGUGAUCGGGUGAGGAGCCUCCAGAAUGAGGUGGAAGGGGUGAAGAACAUCAUGACCCAAAAUGUGGAGCGCAUCCUGGCUCGGGGAGAAAACCUGGACCAUCUUCGGAACAAGACGGAAGACCUGGAGGCCACGUCAGAACACUUCAAGACCACAUCACAGAAGGUGGCUCGGAAAUUCUGGUGGAAAAAUGUGAAAAUGAUCAUUCUCAUCUGCGUGAUCGUGGGCGUCAUCCUCCUCCUGAUCAUCCUCUUUGCCACUGGCGUGAUCUAGGGGCUCUCCUUCCUUCUCCAGUACUCCCUCCUCCUCCUCCGUGCUGUCUGGGGAAGCCUCCUUUCCUCCUCUGUCCCUCCCCUAAGUGGAAUGCUGCCCGGCCACCCCAUGGGCCCUUAUCUGUGGGCCUCUGUCCCGCUCAGCCCGCACCCUGUACCAGGUGGGGGGGGGGAGGGGGGAAAGAGGGGCGGGCCCGGUCCGAUGCACUAGACUGUGGCUGAGUUUCAGGGGGCUCUGCCUGGGCCUGUGUCCCCUGGAAUGCUGCUGGUGACCUGUGGGUAAUAAAGACCUUCCAGUGUCCUCUCCCGUGUAGACGGUCUCCUCCCUGCCUCAAGCCCUUUUUUGUCCCCUUUGCUUUGGGGCAUUCCUGAGCUCCUUCUCCAGCUCCCACAAUUUUCUGCUUUAGGGAUCAGGGUGGCAGACCGUGAGAAACUGGGACAGCUUCUAAGUUAGGUGAGUCCUAGUGGACAGGAACCAGGAAGGCCCGGGUCCAGCCUCCUGGGGAUUGCACCCUGAGCAAGAAGACUGGAUUUCUCCACGCUCUAGGCAACUCUCCGAGGCUAUAAAUUACAAAGUGCCGGCCUGCACUGGGGAAGGGGCUUCCCUCACCUGGGAGUUCCCUCUUCCAGAGACAUCACAAGUUCAGUCCCCAUCCCCUCUCCUUGAUUCAGAAAUCAUAACUCCCUUUUAUAUUCUGUUUCCACAGGAUUUUGCUUACACAAAGUUUGUGAUCUGGUAGAGUCAAUUCCAUUAGCAUUGACUUGGUACCUGUUAGGGAGGCCCAGAGAGGACUUGUGACUUCCCUGGCUUUCUUCCUGCCUCCCCUCCCCGAUCAGUGCAGAUCAACUGCAGUUUUCCCUGAACUUUGGAUCUUUGAGAAUCUGGGAAAGGCCGGGUGACUUGUCCAGGUCACCCGGCUAAUACACAUCUGAUCUUGAACCCCGGUCUUGUAGAUCACUAGUUAUUUGCAUGUUGUCUCCCUGUUAGAGUGGGUAUUCUUUGAAGGCAAGGGACUCCUUUUGCCUUUUCUUGUGUCCUGAUACUUUGCCUGGUAUAUAGUAAGGGCUUAAUAAAUGUUCGUUAUUAAUUGA